AUGUCUGUGCAACCAUCGACCCCAACAGUGAUCCCCGCAACGCCGACACCGAACCGGAACAGGAAUGGCAGGCCCUCGUCGCCCUCUGCUGGCUCUUCGAACGACAUCUUCUACGACGCGGAGGAACACGAGAGAGAUCAGAACUCUAAACGGAGGUCUAUGUAUCGUUCGCCUGGGACAGCGUCCAGUCCAGAUCUCGCCACUCUCGUCAGGAAAGCAAAGCAGCGCGGCGGCGUCCUCCAAGGCCAUUUCUCAAAGGACAGACGCAACGAACCACCACCGCCUCCACUACCGACCUCCAUCGCUGCACAGAACAACAAUAACGGCUCGCCACGGAAUAGACAGCGCUCUUCGACGUCUUCGGCCCAGGACGCGCCGACUACGCCGACUACAGGAAGGUCAAAGUCUGCGAGGUCAGCUAUACCUGCAGGCAACAGUCCUGUAGGCUCAGAGUGGUUCAUGGCCAGCCCAAAGUCUGCGGGGGCAAGUGGCUCCAUCAAGCAACAAAACCCGAAGUCAUCAGUACGCUCAAAGACGAGUGCAUUCCUCGGGAAGAUGCUCGGUCAGGGUAGCGUCCGCGAACGAUCGAAAACGGACGCGUCACAAACCUCAUCCUCCUUAUUCCCCGUCAACCCCAACGCACCUCCCGUCCCUGCACUCCCCAUGAUACCCCGCGAUGUCCCCUCCCCCUCCCCAAUGUCCCCCGUCGGCUCUCCCAUCGCAGACGUCUUCACCACCCCAUCCUCUAUGCCCGUGACGCCAAUCUCACCGCCCCUUUCCUCCACCUCUCCCUCGAUCACCAUGUCUCCCGGCGAUACCUCCAAACCCCUUCCUCCCAUCCAAAUUGGCUCCGGAAUCGGGGACGAAGAUGACCUAGACGAAGACGUCGGGAACGGGUCGAUACUCGACUUUGACGACAAGUCGAUGAUUGUGAUUGACAGACCUUCGAGGUCGGCCAGUUCCACGCGACGGUCGUACAAUUCGAAUACGAACUCCAAUGCGAAUUCGAGGAACAGUUCGCGCUCGCGGGAUAGAUCGAGAUCACGCUCGCCCGAGAAAACGAUCAAGGGCAAAGGCCGUGCGACGCACAACAGCCACAAUAGCAGUAAUACCGAGACGCUUCGCGCAUCACAUACGAAACGGCGAAGCAUGAGCGUGAGCGAGGUAGAUCUCAAAAAAGCUAUUUCCGCUGCAUCGAAGUCGACUCCUUCGACGCCCAACCCGAGUACGAAACCCAGCACCCCAUCGACACCCUCCCAUCGUUUCUCGUCAUCUUCGACGUCGAAGGGUAAGUCCAAGGAAGAUUAUUACAAUUCGACCACGAUCACACCCGGCAAUAGGAGGGUGUCCCAGGACUGGGACUCGAGGAUGUAUGGGAUCAUGUCGGAUUUUGAGGGCCAGCUUUCGCAGUUGGUCGAUCCUCAGGUAUCGGCGAUGAGUGGCGGUGGAGGACUGGAUUUGGAUCUGAAGGUACCGGAGACACCACCGAAGUCCAAACAGCAACAGCAGCAGCAGCAGCAGCAGCAGCAGCAGCAGCAGCAUCUGCAUCCGAAUGCACACUCUCAAGCACUGGGGAUAGGGCAUUCGCAGUCGAAGCAGCAGAAGAGACCUUCGUUGUCACAUAGGUCGUUCACGGACGAAACCGACGUGCGACCUUCGUCCUCCUCGGUGGCUCCCAUUACAACGGACAGGUCGAGGCCACAGUCGAGACAGAAUACGACGAUGUCGUUACCGCUCACGUUACAUCCGCCUAUCGUUACCCUCGAUUCAGGGACGACGAUCUCUUCUGAAGCAUCGACGCCCAACGUUAACUUGGCAGGCGGAUAUUCGUCGCAUUCGUCGCCUACAUCACCAUCUUCGUUCCCCAACCCUCACACUCCCUCCCUCUCAUCCUCCACGCCUCUCUCAGCAUCCUCCUCACCCCGCGCAAGUAUCGGCUCCGGCUCACCUAAAUCAAGUAUGAGCACCUCUGACACCGCCGAUGGCACGACGACGAUCAAUGUCAACGUCCCGCCACCCCGUUCUUCAUCACUCCACUCGCAUAGCUCACUAAGCCAUACAUCUUCGCUUAGGGGAAGGUCACCCUCGACGGGCUCCGUCAUCACAGGGUCUUCUGUCCCGAGAGGGAGGACGGGAUCAGGGCCUAUGGGUCCGAGACCUUCGCCCGCGCAGGUCUUGCUGGGGCCUAGUACGCAUUUGGGCGUCAGUGGAGGAGGAAGACCGGGACAUGGGACGUUUGGGAGUAUGAGUGCGGUGGUGGGCGUUGGGGCGGGCAAGAGCGCGUUUAAUAGUUCGGAACCUUCGUUGGUUUCGGAGGGGAGGGGAGGGAGGAGCGGCUCGACACUCAGCGCAAGCUCCCAGCAAGAUCUCAACGCACCCCUCCGGCGUCGCAUGUCGGAGAACUUAGCUCUGAACCUGAAUCAUCGCACGGCGAACGAACUCAAAUUUGCGGGUUCUUCUUCGCUUUCGCCGCCUUCGUUCUCUCUCGCUAGUCCUGGUCCUGGGGAUGGGACCGGUGCGGACGAGGAUGGGGAGGGUGCGGCGGAGAAAGUCGUGACGAGGAAUGUUAGUGGAGGAGGAGGAGGAGGCGAGGAUGGAGAGGAGGCGAAGGGGAGGGAUUGUGCGUUCAAGGCGUGGGAGGAGGAUGAGGAGUUUUUGGCGAGGGAGAAGAUCGCGGAGUGGUUGGGUGGGCUGGGACGGGUAAAGAAGAUCGCGCUGCGGUAUUAUAUAGAUUACUUUGACUUUUCGGGAUUGAGGCUUGAUGUGGCGUUCCGAAAACUUUGCGGUAAACUUUUCCUUCGAGCAGAAACGCAGCAAGUGGACAGGAUCCUGGAAGAAUUUGCGAGGAGGUACUGGGAUUGUAAUCCUGGCAAUCUCUUUGGAGCAGUCGGCGUCAUCCAUGCCGUCUCAUAUUCCAUCCUGCUCCUCAAUACCGAUCUCCACGUCGCCGAACUCCAAUCCCGCAUGUCCCGAGGCCAAUUCGUCCGCAACACGCUCUCCGCCAUCCAAACCCAACUCGCACCCUCCUCCGGCAAAGGCUCCUCCACGGACCUCAUCGACGCGGACGAAGCUAGUCUUCGGGGCGCUGUUGGUGCCGCUGGGAGCGAAAGCUUGAGGGGGAGUUUGAGGGGGAGUUUGGGCGGCGGGACUGGGACUGGGACUGGGACUGGAACGCAGACGGCGACGGUGACGAGCGGGAGCGGGAGUGCGAGUUUGAUGGAGAGUGAGGCUGGGACGUAUAGGGAUAGUAGGGAGGGGAGGGAGAGGGAGAGGAUGAAUGAGAUUGUGAGGAGGAAGAGGAGUGAUUCGGUUACUAGUUGGAAUAGUUUGACGAGGGAUGUCGUCGCGGGGGCGAUGAUUAAUGGGAUUGUGAUUAAUGGUGGAGGUGAGGGUGGGAGUGGGAGUGGGGCAGGAGGGAGCGCGAGUGCGAGUGGGGUGGCGAGCCCGACGACGAAUGAUAGUACGGCGUCGGUCUCGGUGUUUACGACGGGGAGCGGGACGGAGAGUAAGACGCCGAGUACGCUCGUUUCGUCGGUUGUGUAUGACCGGAAUUGGGAGAAUGAUAUGGAGAGCUUGUUGAAGGAUAUGUACAACGCCAUCAAGAGCCAGCCGAUGUUGGCACCCCUGGGGAGUACGGCUCUGGCCCGCGCGUCGACGUCUUCACUUAAUCCUGGUCCUGUACUUCGUAACCGAAGCAUGCGGGUCCAGAACGAUCGUCUCAAUACGUUCAAGCGAGGGAGUAUACGAGGUAUACAGUCGAUUCUUGGGGCUCAGUCCGGAGUCAGUCCGUAUAGUAUCAACAGCAGCAUCGAGGGAAGGGUCAGUCCCUCGCCGAGUUACGCUGGGUCUGGUCAUGAGGCGUUCCUUGCUCCUACCCUCGGCUUCGCUUCUAACCUCUCUCACACUAUCAUCCGCGAGACGCAAGAAGACGACGAUCGGAGUGGGCAGAGCCAUGAUUCCGAGUCGACUACGAUCAGUAUUACGGACGAGGAGCUUGCACUGCUCGGCCCGCCAUGGGCCAAGGAGGGCAUGCUCUGUCGGAAGCAGUACAACGAGACCGCUGGGAAGCGGGCAAAGUCGAAGGCUUGGAUGGACGUGUUCGUCGUCAUUCAGAAGGGAGAACUGAAUAUGUUCGUGUUUGGUGACCAUGGGUCAGGCAGUCACAAGGUCGUUGGAGGCGGAAAUUGGCUGGAAAACGCGAACCUCGUAGGCACGGUCACGUUGGCGCAUUCGCUUGCCCAUGCUCUGCCGCCACCUGGGUACAACCGACAGCGUCCGCACUGCAUGGUUCUCACCCUGUCCAACGGAGGCGUCUACUUCUUCCAAGCAGGGACAGAAGAACUCGUCAACGAAUGGGUCUCCACCUGCAACUACUGGGCUGCGCGACAGAGCAAAGAGCCUCUCACCGGCGGCGUGUCCAAUAUGGAAUACGGUUGGAACCGCGUCGGCGAUCCCCUCUCUCAUGGCCGCUCUAUUUCCGACAACGAGUCGCACCAGACCAAGGACGACUAUGCGGACAGUGUGAGCAUGCAUAGCCAGAGGAGUAGUAAGAGUAGGCUUGGGUGGAAGGAUGGCUCGCUUACGGUCAGGGCGGGGUCGUCUCCGUAUUCGGAGAGGACGUUCAUCAAUGAAUGGAAGCCACCCAUGCCGCCGUCGGUGGCGAGUACACAUGAUGAAGAGGCACAGUUGGAGGCGUUGAGGAAGCAUGUGGCGUCGAUGAAGGAGGAGCUGCAGAAUCAUAAUGAGAUGCGGUCUCCGAUGAUGCAGCUGUACCCUGCAAGGUCGGCGAACGCUAACAAGGCACUCGGUAACUGGGAGAAGAAGUCUCAGUACCUCCUCACGGAGAUCGUCAAGUACGAGUCUUACAUCGACUCGCUACAGUCCGCCAUGGCGCUCCGACUCAAGAAACGUGGCGAGAAAGCUCUCGAGCGUGCUCUGCAUGGGGGUUCUGAAGACGAAGAUUGCGAUGCGUUUGGGCCCAACAAGGGGAAGUGGAAGGGAAGGCCGGACGAGGCAACCAUCAUGGAGGGUGAUGAGCCACCACCGAGCAGUGGUGGGAUCGAGGGGCUGGAGAAGAGGCCGGGAUCUCAGAUGAGGCAUCGGAGGGAGACGGCGGAGGUGGACGAUGAGGUGAGCGAUGAGUAA